AUGGCGAGCGGGACGAACCGGUGCGUGGUGGUCGUCGGGGAGAGCGCCGCCGCCGCGGAGAGGGUGGUCAAGGCGGUGAUGGACAAGGUGAGCAAGGGGGAGCUGCGGCGCCAGCACGAGCGCCUCAAGAACGCCCAGUUCGUGCCUUUCUCGGCCGCAUCGUUCCAGCGCAUGCCGAGGGAGGAGGUCGAGGCGAGGGCCGGCGACCUGUGCGCGCUCGUGCGCGAGUGCUGCGCCGCCGCCAAAGGCGUGGUGCUCGUGCUCGAGGACUUCGGCUACGCGGCGGAGGCCUGGACCGUCGCGUCGGGGAAGAGAAGUGACUUCAGCUCGCGUGGCCUCGACUGUUACUGCCCCGUCGAGCACGCGGUCAUGGAGGUGAGCAGCCUCGUGCGCGGCGGCGGCGGCGGCCGCGACAAGGGCAUGUUCUGGCUGCUGGGGUUCGGAGCCUCCGCGUCCUACACGAGCUGCAGGUCGGGGCAGCCUUCCCUGGAGACCGUCUUGGGACUACACCCCGUCGUCGUGCCGGACGGCGGCCUCGCGUUGAGCCUCGGCGGCGACAGUGAGGUCACACACUGCAGUGCCGGCACGGUCGUGGCGGCGAGCGUCCCCUCGUGGAUUCACCGUUGCCAAGGUCCAGUUCGCAUUGGAUCGGAGCUCACGCUGAGCUUCUCCUCUCCGGUCUCUUUCCCCCACUGUGGCUUUACCCAUGACGACACCAACAAGAGCUGCGCGCCAUGGCAUGAUCUCAUGGACUGGCGGCAACCGUUGCUGAACCGUCGGCACGAUGGUGCGAUGGCCGAGCCAUACGAUCAGCUGUCGCUCGCAAACCCUAAUUCAGGGUCCUCUAACUCGGUUUCUAAUAAAUCCAACUCAUCGGAUGGCACGACGACGGCUCGCCGCCGCCGUCCGAAGUUCACCGAGCUCACCGCAGAGAAUCUCAAGAUCCUGUGCAGCGCACUGGAGGCCCGCGUCCCGCGCCACAGAGAUAUAGCUCCGGGCAUCGCCAGCGCCGUGCUCCAGCGCCGCUCCGGCGUGACGAGGACGACGCGGCCGACCCCGGCGACGUGGCUCCUCUUCCAAGGGAGGGACAGCGACGACAAGAUGGCCAUGGCUUGGGAGCUCGCCAGGCUUGUCUUUGGCUCCUACGCCGAGUUCACCUGCAUCACCGCAGUAGCAUCAAAGCACACCCCGGACACGGAUCAUUCCGGUUCCAGCGGCCCCGGCGGUCACCACAGCAGCCUCAAGAAGCAGAGGUCGCCGGACAACGAGCACGGCGGCAGCAUGCAGAUGUUCUACGAGGCGAUCCGCGAGAACCCUCACCGUGUCGUGCUGAUCGACGGCGUCGAGCACGACUCGGAGCUAGAAACCGGCAUCAUGGAUGCCAUGGCGAGUGGAACCGUGAGGGGUUACGAUGGUGGUGUGGUCAGCUUGGAGGACUCCAUCGUAGUGUGCUGUGAAGUGUUCGAGUCGAUGUCAUCGCCUAGGGUUUCCUCCCCACGGCCUGUGAAGCAAAGGAUCACAAGUGACGUUGACAGCAAGGUGGAAGAUGAUGGCGCAGAGAAAGGAGUUGUGCCACGUUUCAGCAUGGAUUUGAAUGCCUGCGCCAUUGACAGCGAAGGGGAGGACGGGAGUUCUUCGUAUAAUGCCAUGGAGAUCCUUAAUGUUGUGGAUGGUGUUUUCUUCUUCUAG